AUGGGCUCCAUCUACCGGUCGGAGCACAUGUCGCUCUGUCAGAUAUUCUUACAAACUGAUUCAGCCUACCAAUGUAUUGCUGAACUCGGAGAGAUGGGAGUUGCUCAAUUCAGAGAUCUUAAUGUUGAGCUGAAUUCUUACCAGAAAAAGUUUGUGAAUGAAGUCAAGCGAUGCGAUGAGAUGGAAAGAAAGCUCCGCUACAUCGAAGAAGAAGUCAAGAAGGAUGAAGUUCCUAUCCCUGACACUGAUGAGAUUAUUCCUUCUCCUCAGCCAAGAGUUAUGGUCGAGCUUGAGGCCAGAUUUGAACAGCUUGAAGAUGAACUUGUCGCCAUCAACUCAAACACCAAUGUUUUAAAGAAAAACCACGUUCAGUUGAUGGAACUGAAGGCUGUUCUUGAGAAAGUCAAGACAUUCCUUGAUGGAAACUCCAGAAGAGAUGCUGCCAUGUCCAUCAGCGAAGCCAGUCGCGGAGAAGCUGGACCUUUCACCAUCGGAGUUAAGAAUGACUUCGACAAAGAGAGACGCGAAGAAAAUGAAUUGAAAUUCAUUACCGGUGUUAUCCGUCGUGAUCGUGUUGGAUCUUUCGAAAGAUUUGUCUGGAGAAUGUGCCGUGGAAAGGUUUUCACACGCACUGUCGAUAUUGAGGAGAAGACAGACCUCUUCGCUGUUCACAGCAAGGGUAUUGAAGAGAAAUCAGUAUUCAUCCUCUUCUUUUCUGGAGAACAGCUUUUGAGCAAAUGCAAAAAGAUUUGCCAGGGAUUCCAUGCUACAAUCUACAACUGCCCAGACAAUCAAGUUGAGAGAACAACUCUUCUUGCUCAGAUCAAUCUUCAAGUAAAUGAUAUGAAGAGUGUCAUCCAUGAGACUUUGGAACAUCGUCGCAGAAUCAUACAUGCUGCUGCAGUCAGCACAAAGAAAUGGACGAUCAUGCUCAUCAAGCUCAAAGCUAUUUUCCAUACUUUGAACAUGUUCUCCGUUGAUGUAACUCAAAAGUGCUUGAUUGCUGAAUGCUGGGUUCCAACUGACGAUAUUGGCAAAGUUCGUGAUGCUCUUCGUCGUGGAACAGAGCUAUCUGGAUCUAAUGUACAUGCUGUCCUCAAUGAAAUGCAAACACAUAGAAAUCCUCCAACUUACUAUCGCUUGAACAAGUUCACUCAAGGUUUCCAGAACAUUAUCGAUGCUUAUGGUAUUGCUGCCUAUAGAGAAGUCAAUCCAGCUCCAUGGGCCAUUAUUUCUUUCCCAUUCUUGUUCGCUGUUAUGUUUGGUGAUUCCGGACAUGGAACUCUUAUGUUUUUGGCUGCUUCCGCAUUUUUGAUCUUUGAGAAAAAAUUGAUCAAAGCUAAGAUUACCGAUGAAAUUUUCAAUACAUUCUUUGGUGGUCGUUAUGUCGUUUUCCUUAUGAGUAUGUUCUCUAUCUACACUGGAUUGUUAUACAACGAUAUUUAUUCCAAAUCCAUAAAUAUCUUUGGUUCGCCAUGGAAGAAUCCUUACAAUGUUUCCUUACUUCAUGGUAUGGAGCUUUCAGCUUUCAAGAAUAAUGAGAAAGAUCCCGACUUGACCUGGAACCCAAUAGAAUCAUUCAACCACGAUUCUGGACCAUAUCCAUUCGGUGUUGAUCCAAUUUGGAACUUAGCCAAGAACAAAUUGAACUUCUUGAAUCCCAUGAAAAUGAAAACGUCUAUUCUUCUUGGAGUCGGUCAGAUGGCUUUUGGUCUUCUUCUUUCUCUCUGCAAUCACAUUAAUCGACGAUCUGUCAUUGACAUCUUCUUCGUAUUCAUUCCCCAAUGUCUCUUCUUAGGUUGUAUUUUCGUAUAUUUGUGUGUACAGAUUGUUCUCAAAUGGGUCUUCAUCUACAUCGAGCCCAAAUUCAUCUUCGGAUAUCUUUACCCUGGACCUUUCUGUGCUCCAUCUCUCCUUAUCGGUUUGAUCAACAUGUUCAUGGUUAAGAAACGUGAUCCUGGUUAUGUUAUGAUUAAUUCUGCUAACGCCACACAAUCUGUAGUAAUUGAUGGAAAAACUUAUAAGUAUGAGAUGUAUGACCAAUGUUUCCAACAACUUUGGUAUCCUAAUCAGGGAACUAUUGAACUUAUCUUACUCGGAGUAGCUUUACUCUCUAUUCCUGUUAUGCUUCUCGUCAAGCCAUUCUACCUGAGAUCGCGUGCUAAGAGAGGACUUCCAGUUGAUGACGGACAUGCUGUUGAAGGAGAAGGAGAAGAUGAAGAGCAUGGACAUGAAUUUGUAUUCGGUGAUUGUAUGGUUUAUCAAGCUAUUCAUACUAUUGAAUUCGCACUUGGUUGCAUCUCACAUACUGCUUCUUAUCUCCGUUUGUGGGCUUUAUCACUUGCUCAUGCUCAAUUGUCUGAAGUACUUUGGGAUAUGCUCUUAGCUAUUGGUUUAAAGAUGGGUGGUUGGGCAGGAGCAGCUGGAAUGUUCAUUCUCUUCUUCUUCUUCGCUUGGCUCUCAAUCGGUAUUCUCAUCAUGAUGGAAGGACUAUCAGCUUUCCUGCAUACACUUCGUUUACAUUGGGUUGAGUUCAACUCCAAAUUCUAUCAAGGAACUGGUUAUGCAUUCCAACCGUUCAGCUUUAUCAAGUUGAUCAGAGUAUCUGAAGGACUUGAGGAAGCUUAA